GUCAACCGGUGUCGUCUGAUCAAGAAAACACGCUAUCAACUGCCCCGUUAAAAUUUUGCGCUAGUCACUAUGUUGAGAGGAGCGCUCAGCGUACACGUAUAAGCGGCUGCAGCCACACUCCGCAUUCCCCUUAACUUUGAAUUUCACGCGCAGAAGAGUGUAACAAGAUCUCGGCGCCGGUCUGCUUUUGAGGACCACGUUCGCCCGGAACACGAAGAAGACACCAAAACACGGCAUUUAUUUCCCUGGGAAGCCUUUACACAGCGAUGGAAGUUCGCAUCAUUUCGAGGGUGCUGGUGGUCAUCGCCCUGCUGGACCGCUACUUAGCAUCAAGUGCAGAUGUCUCGGCCUGUUUGGACGCUCGGAACCACAAGAGCGAGCCUGGCCCGGAAUCCAACCUCUACGGGCACUGCACGCCAUGGAAGGACCACGCGUGUUGCACCGACCAGACCACACACGACGUGCAUCACAAGGACAUGUACAGCAUGUCGUUGGACUUCUGCGAGGAGCAAACCAACGUCAAGAUGUCCAGCGCCUGCCGGGAGCACUUCCGCAAGGACCUUUGCUUCUACGAGUGCGAGCCCAAUAUCGGACCCUGGAUCGUCAAGGUGGAGCGCAAGAUAGGCAAUGAGCGCUUCUUCGAGGUCCCACUGUGCUACAGUGACUGUGUCGCGUGGUGGAAAGACUGCAAGUACGAUUACGCCUGCACCCCGAACUGGCCACGGGGAUUCAAGUUUUACGGAGGGAAAAACCAUUGUCCCAAGGGUGCAAAGUGCGUUACCUUCGAGGAGAUGUACAAGGGCCCGGCAGACUUCUGCAGCCAGGUGUGGGACCACUCCUGGAAAGUGGUACCAGACCACGUGCCGUGCAUGCACAUCUGGUUCAACAACACCAGCGGCGAGAACCCAAACAGGGCCGUUGGCGAGUUCUACUACCAACGGGGAAAGCGAGGACAGGGCUCCGCAGAAUUUCCCAACGCUGCCGACCACGUCGCAUCCUCGAUGGCCGCACGGCUCGUCUUGUUGCUGGCAACUUCGACGGCUGCAAUCCUCGCAUGAACCGAUGUGUUUCACUGUUUUUGAGCGAAUGUGGCGGAUAUAUCAUCGUAUUGGUACACGUACGGGAGCGUCAAUCGGGACUCGGUCAUAACUUUAAAUAUGAAUCAUUCCACAAGUGCCUGCAAACCGACAUAGAUGCGGGAUUGAAAGCCCGUAAACUUCAUCUAACACAUGAUGUCAACGAUCGAUAGGUAAGAGUAAAAGCAAGUACAAACGCGUUUUUUGCGUAGCCAGGGAGCACGCGGUGGGGGUGGGAUGCAGUUACACACGUUGUACGUAUGUUAGAUAGACAAACACACAUUGAGGUGCAUGCACCUCCCCCUACCCCUUCCCGAAAUAAUGUGCUGGUUACGCGUCCUUUCUGCUAGCAAUGUUACCCAUCACUUUUACUGCAUUUCGUAUGUGUCGCAUCCUGCUUUCCCGUAUGUAUACCUCAAUUGCUACUUCUGCGAAGGCAGCUAAACUUAUAUUCAAUAAAGCUUUCGAAUGCUAUAGUGCGACCUUCACUCGUGCUUUAUGAAGCCCUCACCUUUCCCUAUAGCUGUCGAUAAACGCUUGGCUUACAUUUCGAUGCAUCUUUCGUAGAUUGGCGAAUUUACUCAAAUUAUACGAAUGCAGAAUUACCACCAUAGGCGCAGCCGGGAAAGUGGUGUCGAGUUCAAUCCCCCUGAUAUAUUUAGCCAUAGUAUGUAUGUGAACACCAGGGGCGUAGCCAGAAAUUUUUUUUCGACGGGGGGUGGUGUUCAACCAUACUUUAUGUUCGUGCGUGCGUUUGUAUGUGUGCGUGUACAUACACACAUUAGAGCUGUGCGAAUAGCAAAAUUUUGGGUGCGAAGCGAAUUCGAAUAUUGAAGUGUGAGUGCGAAUCGAACCGAAUAUUUUUCGAAUAUUUCUCGAAUAUUUCUUGAAUAUUUUUCAAUACUUCGAAGCGAAAUUGCAGAAAAAAAAAGUUACAGAGGAUUACUAAGCAUAUUCUUAUGAGAUAGCAACAUGAAAGUGUUUCUUUUCGCUAGGUUGAUGAAUCACUGGCGGGGUGGUGUUUCAUAGUUUUCUUAUCAAGAUUGAGGCAAUGUAGAGGCCGAAUUCUAUUUAUGUACAUGAUUUGGUGCAACCAAACUGUUGCCGACAAUACUUUACACGUGAUAGGCAAAGAUGCCAUUUCCUCAGCCUCUCCUCCUCUUUCACCUUCUGUGGAAGCGAUGUGGCGGACAAGGAUGUGCUCCCUUCAAGUCCGGAGUUCCAAAUCUGCCUCGUAGACGUCGAUAUAUAAGAACAUCUGAAAUUUUAGAUGCUAAAAAGCUUCGGCUUCCGAUUUUUCGGACUUCCUGCCCAAAUUUUAGGUCCAAAACAGCAUUAUUUGAGCCCCCACCUCUGCCACAUCUUUCAUCUCCAUGUUGGAACCAGCGUUUUCUUGGAGUUAGUACAUUUCCGAGCGUAGCAGAGCUUGAAAGGCAGCUUUACCGCAAUACCGGGGUGUGAUGAGGUGAAGAAUAUUGAAAAUCUAGGGACUACUUCCAAUUGGACGUUGCCUGUGUCUUGACAAAGUUCGACCGUAACGGAGCUUGAAAGGCAGCUUUUUCGCAAUACCGGGGUGUGAUGAAGUGAAGCAUAUUGGAAAUCUAGGGACCAUUUCCAAUCGGCCGUUGACUGUGUCUUGGCAAAGUUCGACCGAAGCUUGAAAGGCAGCUUUGCCGCAAUACGAGAGUGCAAUGAGGUGAAGCAUAUUGAAAAUCUGAAGGGGUCACUUUCAAUUGGACGUUGACUGUAUUUGUUUUUGAGAAUUUCGAAUAAUAAAAUUCCAGUGCGAAUCGAAUCGAAUAGCAAACACUAUUCGAAAAAUAUUCGAAAUUUCGAAUAUUCGCACACCCCUAACACACAUGCAAAAUUGAAAAUUUUCGGGGGGGGGGGGGGGGGGGUUGAACCCCCAAUCCACCCCCUUGGCUACGCCCUUGGUGCACACACAUACAUACAGAAAGUUCACGUUGCCCCCUCCAGAAAUAAUAUCCUGGCCACGACCCUGCUCGCUACACUAGCCACAUAGUGUCGAUACGUCGAGUUUCGCAACGUGAUCGGCGACAGCAAUCGCUAUUCUCCCCGAAUAAUAAUACAAUAACAAAGGCGUACCUCAGCACUGUGGCUGAUGACUUUUACGCCCUUUGAGUUGUGACGAAUUUUAAUGAAGACUUUCUUAUCGUAAUGAGUGCUGUUGCUGUUUUAUCUUGACGGCUCGAUCGUUUAAACUUUCGCUUACAUAGUUUUCAUGGACGUCACAGCAGGGGCUUCUGGGAAGGUGACUCAUUAGAAAGCUUCUAGAGAGCUGCUAGGUCGCCAAGCUCUUCUGUUCUUUUGUACUCUUCCCGCUUUCUUCCAUUCACCAACCGACCCCAAGGAGAGUACUGAAGAACCCACGAGCUUGGGUGAGCAAGCCGCUUGGGGGCGAUCGCGGCACUAAAAACUUGGAGGACGCUUGAACUUCGCCUUCAGGAGUACAACGUGAUAGCAUAAUUGAGCCCCGUUCGCAUCGCCUUCUCAAUCGCUGCCUAGCUUCGUUUCUCAAUGGACACACCUGUGGAGUAGCCAAAAAAGGGGUUAAACCCCCCCCCCCCCCCCCCCGCCAGUGUUGUUACCUCACCCGUUUUGAGAGGUCAGCUGGCGCAAAGUUGUUCGCUGGGCCUGUCUGCGACGGUCUCAACACACCCCACAUACACUGAUGACGAGUUUCAUAGAUUGAUGAAGACUUUUGUUCUUACACACUUUGAGUAAAUAAUUAGCACAAGGUAUUCCAAUGUCGGGGUGGAAGCACAGGUCACUGUACUGCGAAAUAUAGUCGAAACUUAUUUGCGCUGUACGCGCUUAAGAUGAGGUUGGCUGUGACGUAUGUGCAUCUUCACUGUCACUACUGCUGUCACUUGAAUAUUCUAAAUGUGCUAACCAUGCCUAAAAUCUUCGAAUGUUACGCUUGAAAUGGCACAUUAUAACAUACUGUUUCAUUGACGAAAUUGCCUUAACCAGUUCUAUUUGUAGUAUUUCAAGUUACAACAAUCGGCUACUUUUCGUUAAGAAUGAAGAAAUGGUUUGUUCAUAUAUACUAGAAAGGAAAUUGAAGUAUAGUGGAGGGGAGCAUGCGGCACGGUGAGUCUUUGGCUUCCGUAGGUUUACAAGAACAGCAACGCCUUAGUGCCAUAUGCUGCCAGAAGUCACAGACACAUAUUAAAUAUUCUGAACAUAGGAAAUAUGAAUAGUAGUGGACAAGGAUUCUUUUGAGAGCCGUUUUUUCUUCUUCUGCAUGACGCCUGCAACAAGCACCAAACACCAAGUCUUUUCCUCAUAAAUUUAUUUGUAUGUAUACCUGUAUACAUGUACAUACAAUAUAUAUAUCUGUCUGUAUAAUCCUCAGUCAGAUCUCAGUUUCAUUUUUUUUUUUUUUUCCAUUUUUGGGGGUUCUGCAAGACUUCAACAUAUUGCCAAAAGUAAAACAAAGGAGCAAUGAUGUAAUACUGCAGGUGUAACCCUCCUCAAUAAAACUUAAAAAGAUGUCUGCAUAAUUAACAUACAAUCACAA